AUGGGCUCGGAACUUGAGGGGUGCACUGCAACAGGUCUGGAAAUACGCAAUUGUCACAGUGGUCCGACAUCUACAAAAUGCCCGAAUUGCGGACUCGAAUUUGCAUCAAAUCUUGCUGUUGUAGAUCAUCUCAAUGAUCAGACACAUUCUUGUUGGAACAGAGAGUCCACUUACCGCUUGCCAAUCCCUCCAGCUUUCCAACGGGGAGACAACAACCGAGAAGAAGUCACUGGCCAGUACCAUCCAAAGUCAGGCUACAUUUUUGGACGGGGACGAAAUAUCUUGCAGGAAAUGGAGGAUCACGACUUAGAUCAAAAGCGCCGCAGAGCAAUAAAUCCAUCAUACCCUUUUGUUGAUCAGGCUGAAUGGCAGCUAGCAGAGUUCCUCGUUCAACGGCUGACACAAACCGAUAUUAACAAAUUUCUGAAACUAGACUGGUUCAAAAAUAGACCCAGGCCAUCCUUCAAGAGCGCAGAUCAACUAUUUGGCUGGAUUGAUGCGCUACCAAGCGGCCCAGAGUGGCAAUCAACGACACUCGAGUUUACCAACUACACAACUGCAAGGCCAAUCGAGCUAAUCUGGCGUGACGGUCUCGAAGUCGUCAAAGAUCUCUUUGCAAACCCGAUCUUUUCCAAUCAUAUGAUGUAUGAUCCUCACAUUGUUACCACUGGCUCAGAACGCGAAUAUGGCGAGUUUUUUACAGCUAACAUGGCUUUCGAUAUUCAGAACAACCUUCCAGAAGGUGCCACUAUGGUACCAAUCAUCCUCGCAUCCGACAAGACGCCCAUAACCAGGAUGUCGGGAGGAUUAGAAAUGCACCCGGUGUUCCUUACGAUUGCCAAUAUUCAAUCUGAAGUUCGUAUGAAGGCCACCGCUCAUGCAUGGCGCUGUGUUGCAUUUAUCCCGAUUCCGAAGUUUGAUGUUCACGCGGAUUUCCAAACACUCCUCCAUGCUCGCCUGUUCCACAAGUGCAUGGACAUGAUAUUUGCCAAAUGCAAGGUGGCUGCGAGGGUCGGUGAAUACAUGUCGGACUCCAUGGGUUAUAUCCGGCAUUGCUUCACUCCGCUCGUCGCAUAUACAGCUGAUCUCCCUGAGGCACAGCUCAUCGCUUGUGUCUCAAAAAAUGCGUCACCACUUACGAUGGCAACCCAAAGCGACUUUGGUAGUGCUCAACUUUUCCCCCGUCGAACAGGCGACCAUACGCUCAAGCUCAUCUACGACCUAUGCAAACGUGUUGAUCCAUGGAAUGUACCACUCUUCCAACGCGAAGCUAAAGCAUUGCUGCUUAGCGGCGUUCAUCAGCCAUAUUGGAGAGAUUGGCCGCAUGCAGAUCCAAGUCAUUUUUUGCCCGGCGAACUGCUUCACACCUGUCACAAAUAUUUUGGUGACCAUCCUUUAAAGUGGUGCAAGGAAGUUGUCGGGGAGGAUGAACUUGAUGCUCGCUACAAGGCUCAUCAUAAACGAGUCGGAACACGUCAUUUUGGGUCUGGUGUCUCCCACAUCAACCAGAUGACGUGCCGGGAGCAUUGUGACAUUGAACGGACCAUUGUCGCCACAGUCGCUGGUGCAGCAAACACAACCCCUGAUUUCGUCCAUGCCAUUCGUUUCCUCACCGAAUUCAUUUACCAGGCACAGAGCCCCGUGCACACUGACUCGUCCAUUGAUGCUAUGGUGCACUCCCUCCACAUGUUUCAUACGCUGAAGCAAGCGAUACUCGAUGCCGGUGCUCGGAGAGGGAAGAGUGGAAUGAUCGAUAACUUCCUCAUCCCCAAAAUGGAGUUGUUUCACAGCUUUGCGGGGUCCAUCAGAGAUCUCGGAGGUUUGAUACAGUACUCAGCGGAUGUUAGUGAGCGACUCCUGAUCACACACUGCAAAUUUCCAUUCGAAAGGACUAGUCGGCAAGCCAGGAAUUUUACCUUACAGGUCGUCCAAAUUCUCAAUCGUGACGAAACCAUGCGACGCUUCAAUCUUUAUACCCUUUUGCAUUCGCAUGGUACACCGCUCGUGAAUGCCAUCGCAAUCGAAGACAAUAUCGUCACGGAGACAGAUCCUACUUUGGCCUGGAUAGCGCGUGUGCUUCCCGGCGAGCAGAAUCGCUUCCAUGGCCCGCGACCUUCACUUUCUAUCACUGAUCUGCAAUCUAUCUACUCUCUCCCAAAUUUCGGCGCAGUGCUCAUGGAAUAUAUCAAUGACUCGUCCCAAAACACCCCAACAACAGCCUGGACGUGUGCGCGAGAUUCAGUCAGGACAUGGAACAAGUUUCGUUUACAGCUACACUCUACCUUCCAGUCGCGAGUUGUGAUGCCGAGUCAAAUCGUCCAAGCGUUUCCACCAUCAGAGACCUUCCCUAUGGGCAAUUGUGAUGCAGUUCUCGUGCAAUUGCCUGGCAAUGAUGAUACAUACAUUGCGCAAGUGCGUUGUGUUUUUCAAGCUAUUGCCAGGAAAGGUCAAACCCUGCCCCACUAUCUUAAAGACUCGCCCCUUCUAUACGUUCAGUACUUUCAGAUCACAGCAACACCUACUGAGGAUGCAAGCGCUGGCAUGUACCGAGUGAAACGCAUCUACCAUCAGGAUGGAACAGGUCGGAUCUUCCGACCUGGCAGCAUCAUUCCGCUGACAGCCGUUACCUGUGCUGUUGAGCUGAUCCCUAUGUAUGGUUCGAAGAUGGAUCGCAUGAUAAAUGCUACGAACGCAAUGGAGAUCUGUGAUGAAUACUACUUGAAUACAUUUUCGGACAAGGAAGUUUUCAAUACAAUGCACAGUGGUUUGAUGUAG